UAAAGAUCCAGCCGAUGGCUUCGCAGUGUUCCGUUUGAACAGAACUUCUCACAAAAGGAGCUACGAUGUUAGUGCUGGACUCCUUUCACAUCGGCAUUACCGAGCGAACGAUUUGGUCUUAAACCUUGGAAAUCUACUUUGAGAAGAACCAAUGCGUGGGAUCAGAACGGGCGACGGGAAAGAGAACACUCUGGUGGAUGACAUUGCUCGUGUUCUGUCAAGCUAUUCCGAACUGGUAGAAUGAAUCUACGGGUGUUGUUUGGAUUUGUGCUUUUAGCCCUUCAGUCAUCUGGUUUUCACAUGGCUAUUGCACAGAAUGCAGGUCAAUGUGGUUCCAUUUCUACAAAAAACUUGGUUGCCAGUGUCAAUUCCAGCUACAAUAUAACCUGCUACUUUUGUGAAUUUGGUGCUGCUGAUCAGGUUGAAUGGAAAUAUGCUGGCAAUCUCCUUCCCAGCAGCUACUACACCAAGAUCACCUCCAACAUUAGCAUGGUGUCACUGAAUAACCUUGGCCUAACCAGCCAGCAAGGAGAAAAUCUGACGUGUACAUUUAAAACAGAGUCUUACACCACUUCAGUCAAGACUGGAUAUCCCCCGGAGGCUCCUCGGGAUUUGGAAUGUGUAACCCAGAACUUUGGUAAACUCAAGUGUUCUUGGCGCACAGGAAGAGAUACAAAUAUAGAAACAAACUACACUGUCUGCUCUUGGUUAGGAGAUACCUGCACUGAAGUGGGAGCUAAAACCUUUAUCGAGCGUGACUUUGUUGCAUUUCAAGAUUUACAAUUGCAGAUAACUGCUACAAAUGAAUUAGGCAAACAGACGUCAGAAAAAUUUCGGAAGUUAGAAAAUGACAUUGUAUUUCAACCUUACACACCAGAACUCCUCAGGGUGUUUAAAGGUCUAACUGACUUCCAGUUAACUGUGGAAUGGAAUGAAGGUGGUACAAAAUAUGGUCUGGGUUUAAAACUGAUGUUCGAAAUCCAAAUCAUCCACACACACACAAUGCGAGAGGUCUGGAAGGGGAAUUACAGUAGUGCUCUGGACUUUUCCCGGGACAGGAUCUUGCAGUUCAAUUGGACAUCAGAUAUGCCUCUCCAGUGCACAGCACACUCUGUGAGGAUCCGUGCUAUUAGUGGCGAGAGUGAAAUCCUAUUUUCUGGUGUCAAAGCUUGGAGUGACUGGAGUCUAGUCUUAACACUUGAAGGGCUAGAUACAUUUAACCAAACCAAGGGUCAAGUCUAUCCCGUGGAUGGUACUGUUCUUAAAGCAGGAUCCAGCAUGACAUUUUGUUGUGUAGCUGGUCAAGGAAAAAAAAUUGAUGAAUUUUUGUUUAGUGACUUGAAUGCAUCAGUUAUUGAAUUAAGUGGCAGGAGCCAGGCUAUCAAGGUCCAGAAUGUCACCCCCUCGAUAGAAUCUGGAACAAACGUUCUUUGCAUUAUAAACAAGAAGGAGUACGAAGGAGCAGUCAUAUUUAUUGGCUAUCCCCCUGAUUUGCCAAGAAAUCUCAGCUGUGAAACACGUGACUUAAAAACACUAAACUGUACUUGGGAACCAGGGAGGUCAACUUCAUUAGUCUCUAAGCGUCGGACUAUAUAUACUCUCAUCGACAGGUCAUCAGAGAUCACCUUACCAUGUGAAGAAGCUUCAAAGAUCUACCCGCGUUACUGGUGCGGUUUUCCCAUUUCAAAUGGCAGUGGUGUUUAUAAUCUUUCAGUACAUGGUAAAAAUCCAUUGGGGGAAGCUCAGUCCCAUAUAACAGUGGACGUGACCAGUGUGUUUCACCCUUAUGCCCCUCACCAACUGAGUGAAGAAGCCAAAAUAUUAAGAAGUAUCAAUGUGUCCUGGUCAGAUCCAGUAGAUUAUACAGGGAUCUCACUGCUCUGUGAGAUGGACAUAAGAGAUCAUUUGGGGAGCAAGAUGUCAUAUAAUUACUCUGUGCCUGGAGGACCAGUGGAUGCAAGACACAUCGUAACAUUGGACAAUUUAAGACCUAAUACGCAAUAUUCCAUUCAGGCUCGCUAUUCUGCUCAGCACUUUUGGAAGUGGAGUAAAUGGAGCAAUUUGCUAAAUUUUCUAACUGAACAAGCUGCUCCAUCAACUAGCCUGAAUGUCUGGAGAAAGAUUAUGCCAAACAGGACGGUGAUGAUUUACUGGAAGCCACUUUCAGAUGCUGAGGCAAAUGGUCAAGUUUUAUCCUAUAGUAUAACUUGGAUGAAGAUAGGAAGCAAUUCGUCAACCACAAUUGAGAGGUCAACUUCAGGUGUAGCAAUAGAUCUCGAUCAAGCUGCCUAUAUAAUUACAGUAUUGGCACAAAAUAGUGCUGGGACAUCACCGCCUUCUGUGGUUAAGAUACCUGCACACACUAAUGAUGAACAUUUGGGUGACUUCAAAGCCAUUGGUGUUGGGGACGGAUUUCAUGUGACUUGGCUGAGGCACCAAGUUGAGAGCUGUGGCUACACUGUCGAGUGGUGUGAAGUCUUAAGUAACUCUGCGUGUAACAUAAGUUGGCACAAAUUUCCUUCAAACGUAACAGGUGCCAUAAUAAAAUCAGAUUACUUUCAAGUUGGAGUACGGUACAUGCUUGAGGUUCACGAGUGUAGGGAUGAUGGAGAUUACUUACUGAAAAGGCUGGUUGGGUAUACACGUGAACUGGCCCCAGCCGAAGCUCCAAAUCUGGAUAUUGAGGAAACCACGAGUGAUUCAGUCCUGAUUAAAUGGCUUGACAUCCCCGUGGACAAACAGCAAGGAUUCAUUCAGGGCUUCAAGGUUUAUUACAGUAAACUAUACAACAAUUCGGCUUUCAAGCCUGUGGGUGGUCAGAAGCUGAACACAGAUAAUCUACUGCCAAAGAUCAUAAAUGAUUCUAAUGCACGGAUAUUCAAGAUCGGGGGCCUUGAACCUGGGACAACAUACACUGUGGCACUGAGUGCCUACACCAGAGGAGGGGAUAGUCCCAGCAGAGACGUCACAGUGACUACACCAAACAGCCCCCUUGCUGUGAUUCUUGGGAUUACUUUGCCCCUUGUGGGAGUUAUAACACUGGGAGUCAUCCUCAGUAUCUUCUGUUACCGAAAACAAGAAUGGAUCAAAGAGACAUUUUAUCCUGAUAUUCCCGAUCCAAACAACAGCAAAGUUCUUCAGGAUGGAACCUUCCUUCAGGGAGUCAACUCAUGCAAAACUCUGGAACCAAAAGAUUGUACACCCAAUGAGGUGCAGGUUGUCGAAGAGAAGCAGAUUGGUUUUGACGUUGAGAAGGAGGUUGAAGUGGCUGAUGAGACUGAGGUAGUUCCUGAGGAUAUUUCUGAUACCGAGAACCAGAAUCAAGGUGUCUUAUCGUACAGUCCGCGUAGUGCACCUGUUGAGAAUUCAGGGAAGAUUAACCCAGCGUUUGAGGCAAUGGCCUCUCCAUCCAUCUAUCCCAGUGAUGUAACGUAUACAAGCAUACGAGGUCCUGGCUACCAGCAACAAGAGGCCAGGGACGACGAGGUGGAGGUGAUUGUCAAGUCAGGCUAUCAACCUCAGAUCCAUGGAGCCAUUGAUCUUGCACCAGUCAGGGAGCAGACGGAGAUACAGGAACUAAUGCCUCGUGUUAAUGGCUAUCAGCCACAGGCCCACCGCCAAUCCUGGAGCCAAGAUUCUGGAGAGUUUCCACCGCCUGAGACUGAUUCCAUUGGCAGCCCAACUUCCAUCAACUCCCAAGCAUUCCUGAUUCCAGAGAGGAUGCUGGGAGAGGAUCACAGUUUAAGACCUGGUGUGAAAACAUGGUCCCUGCCCUUUUUCCAGAAUUCCAGAAUGACUUUUGAUUCCAACGACAGCUGAUGAGAGACAUUGGGCGAGGAAAGGUUUGGAUACAAGGGGAAGUGCAUCCAAACCUUUAUCAUCAGUUUGUGUCUCAUGUUUGCUCGUUGUGAAUUCCCUGCACCUUGUCCUGGGAAGCUAACACUACAAUGACUGGGAACGUGGCAGCCUACUCGAUUUUAGAUUGGGAACGACAAGCAGCUUGUCUUGUCUUUAUUAUAUUAACUUCUUCUCAUAGUUCAGAGGCUGAAACUAAAUGAAAGGUCAAAUUGCAGAAAGCUACCAAUGAGGCGAGAGUUUGUAGUGACAGCUCUCUGAGCCACAGUUGGCAUAUUCCUGAGGAGAAUACAGUCUGACUGCUGUUACCUGUCACUGUAUAUGCUAGAACCAGCUCAAGGAGCUGAAUGGCCUAUCUCUUGCUCCUCUCUGGGAAGUAUCAUUUCAUGCUGCAGUUACACAGUUUAUUAGCUGAAGAUAAUUGAGGCACAACCACCACAAUGACAAUGCUAUUAUAUUUUAAUAAAAUAUGAUUGGACUUAAUUGGUUCUAACUGUGGAAUCCUACCGUGAGUGAUUGUUGGCUUCUAUCAUAAAAGAAUCUUGUCCAAGGCACUUGAUAAGCUCUGAUUUUGCCUCUUGCAGAGCAUUAACGAGAUCGGACAGAUCCUGUCUGGAACAAGGCCAAUUGAGGAAGUUGUCCUUCUGAAUUACAGACAUACAUGAGCUCUGAUCAUGGCAGUACGAGUCUCCGUCUUUACUCUGGCCACCCUGGUGGAUCUGCAUUGAUUACCCUGGCUUUGUUUCAAAUUGACUUGGUGGGUUGACAAAGUUGAAGUGAUGAUAAGAAUUGGGCUGACUACCUGUGGCUCGCUACCUCACAGCUUUUGAUUCCAGACAGCCAGAACCUUCGUCAGGUGACUGAAGCUCUCACCUAGCAGUGCCCUUUCAUUAGCAGCUGAAUGACUUGCCCUGAAGAAGAGUUGUGAUGGAUUGGAAACACAUGGCUUCUUCCUCCACAGAGGCUGUCACACCUGCUGAGUUUGUUUAGCACUUUGUUUUUAUUUUCAAUUUCCAAUAUCUACAGUAUUUUGCUUUUAUCCUUCCUUCCUAACUCCCAAAACAAACACAACAAAUCUGCUCCAUACCCUUCCCCAGGCAGCUGGACCUUGCUUUUUACAAAAACUCAAUCCACUGCACAGAAGUGGCUUAAAUAAAACCGUCCAACAAGCAGGGACAUAGAUUCGCACUCAACCAGGGAGGAGUGGAGCCCUGUCUCUGUAAGUAGUCUGUUUGCAAAAGUUUGCACCAUGGUCUGUAUUAACUGAGUGCUCACAGCCUUAAACACUACAUCUGCUUGACUGCGUUUGGCCAUCAGAAGAUGUGAUUACUUUAAUUCUACCUGGUAAUGUGCUUUAUCAAAACCUAUUGCUUCAUAUGCAAUGAAUUGCUUUGAAGUGUUGACAGUGAAUGUGGUUAAAUGUAGCAUGAGCAUUGUUUGUGUGGUUCUGUUUAAAUAUGACACACCACAAGCACAGGCCACAGGCUGAAUUGUUUGAUCUCUGUUUACAGUCUGAGAUCUUGAAUCUCCAAAGCAUGUUGCAUGCCAGUGGUCAUUUGGCUUUUCUGUCUCUAAGAAACCAGCCUCCGCUUUUAUUCUAGUGCUUUUGGUGAGGGUGGAAAGGAGCAAAGCAGUUGAUAAAACUUCAGUUGUUUGUAUGACAUCAGUGAACGAAGGUGUGUGUCAACGUCUUGGUUUGGAAGUUGUGACGCUCUAGUAACAUUGUGCAUGAAGUCACUUGGAAUAAAAGACCAAGAAAUCAUUCUGCAUUCCACUGUUAAAAGGCAGUGGUUAUAGACUUGUUUCUCCUAUGAUCAAAACACAAUACUCUGCUCUGCUAUUCUAGUGAGAUUGGAGCUUUACUGUAAGAAAAGUAUUUGAUUGUCAGCUUUUUUAUUCAACUAGCCUUUUUUUUGGCAUCCACCCACACUCGAAUUCUGAAAUGAAGAACAAGCUGCAAUAUAUUUACCUUUCUCUUCACCCACACGGAGGGGGAAAUUGCAUUUCUGCAUAUCUUUUCAAAAAAGCCUGCAACUUGAUUCAGCAACAUGAACAUUGCCCCUUCAUUUAUCGGUGUGCUGGAUUUGAAGAGAGUUAAAUACCCACUGCUUCAGCGUAAAGAUUGAGUCGAUCACAGUUUCCAUUGCAAGCACUGAGAAUGACAACUGGGCAGUGAUGCAGAAUCAUUAUUUCUGCUGUUUCAUAUCUGCUUGUUGGGAGUUCUGAUGCAAUAAUGUUUCAUCGACAGAAAGUGAUACUGUGAAAGGAAACGUAUGCACCACACAUUAUUAAUCUCUGGCAGGAAACAUGCCAACAUUUCCAUCAUCUCACGUAUACACGCCCCCACACGCAUACAUACCUGCCUCGGUGCGCCAGAAGGCAUGCGCAAGCUUAUCUGUGCGUAUACAGAGGAACCUUGAUUAUCCAAAUGAGAUGGCGGACUCAUAGUUGAAUAUUCGGUUAAUUUAAUCAGUGCCUCGCUCAGACAGAGUUUUCUCAAGUUUCCUUUUUCCUCGCUCUGCCUGCUUUGCUCCCCCUCUCUGUCUCAGGGUUUGUUUCUGAGCAGAGGCACGUGUGUAAGGGACCUGCAGCAUUGCUGAACCCCCCCAAUCAGUUCAAUGGGAUUGACACGGCAAGCACUUGUUAAGUCCGCUUUACCGGACAAUGUUUGAGAGUUGAUCUGGGGAAGCGAGGUACCCCUGUGUAGAACUCCAGGGGAAGUGUGAGGAGAGCGAGGGUGGGCGUGUGGUUAGUCAUUUGGAGACAGUGCCUGGGCUCCCAUCGAUGUCCAGGACUGUUCUUGGCAGCAUUUCAGUAAGGCAAGUUCAUUUUUUAAUCAUUGUGAACAAAAGAUGCAAUCAGUGUUGGAAACACCACUUUGUAGUGUUUUUAUCAGGACCUUGAGAUCUCCUUUGGAUAAUCUGAUAUUUGGAUAAUUGAGGUUCCUUUGUAUUCAUCAUCCCAGAUAUACACAUCCAUCUCAGAAUGGAAGGAAUGACUGAGCCAUUUAAAAAUAUAAAUACUCUAAUUUGUAACUGUAGUUCUAGUGGCGUGCAUUGUCCUUGAAGUGUUGAAAUUCUCUUCAUGGAUCGGAAUAUUGUAUUUUGCUCUUAAUGUCUGAUGACCUGUUUGUUGCAUAGCAAUGCUUAUAUCACUGAUAAUUAUUAAUCAAAAUUUACUUUUUCUCUGAAAGUGUGGCCCAGCUGCAGUUGUAAUUGCCAUGGAAAUUUUAUAAAUCAGUGGAAUGUAAUCUCAGAAGCUAUGAAUAAAGUCCUGGACAGUGUAAGUUUUGGCAGAAUUUGAUUAGAUUCCCUACAAUGUAGAAACAGGCCCUUCGGCCCAACAAGUCCACACCGACCCUCCAAAGAACAUUCCUCUACGUUUACCCCUGCCUAAUCCACCGAACACUACAGGCAAUUUAGCAUGGCCAAUUCACCUGACUUGCACAUCUUUGGACUGUUGGAGGAAACCGGAGCACCCGGAGGAAACCCAUGCAGACACUGGGAGAAUGUGCAAACUCCACACAGUCAGUUGCCCGAGGUGGGAAUUGAUUCCGGGUCCCUGGCGCUGUGAGGCAACAUUGCUAACCACUGAGCCACCGUGCCGCCCAUGAACAGGAUUGCUGCCUUAACUCUCCUUUUGGAUUCCUUAUCGAACACCCACACAGAUCUACCAUACAACACAAAUCCAGCCUUUCUGCAGUUCCAUAUAGUCAGGUUACAGUACUACCUCCAAGACUGUCCAGGACUUGUCCUGUUUUCUCUGCACUCACUCUCCCACUCGUCUCUCAUCUGUCCAGUUAUUGACAGAUUAAAAGAGAAUUUAGGUAAGAACAAGAAAUUCAGUCUUUUGUUUUUUCAGUUCUUGCAUAAGCUAUUCCAUACAAUCUAAAACUUUUUUUUUCUGAUCAUCUCCCUCUGCCCCCUUUUCUGACUGUUGGAAUAUGUAUGCUCUGCACUUUUACCAAUUGCGAUCUCCAAGACCACCAACACGGUUCCUGUUCUCCGUUUUGCAUUCAGAGAUUUAUUCAAGGGAACCUGCUUUCAAAAAGAAUACAAAGAGUGGAAAGAGGCUGGUGUAAAGUAUAAUCUCUGGCAUGGGCCCAUUAGGCCGGAUGUGUGUAAACUCUGGUCAUACCCACCAAAGGCAAAGCUGAAUUUAGGGACUCGUCUGCAACCAAUUAAGAAGUAACCCAAACCAAAGGUGUGGUCCACUGCUUUGGUUCAGUCUAUACAUGUUCUGAAACUUUGCUGUCAGUUUUGUUGUUGAUGAGUCACACGAUGGCAAUGAAUAUUGUGAUCCUGUGUAAUGCAUAAUUUGGCAACUGGCCUGAUUGUCUCAGAUGACAGUAACUAAUCCUGCAGCCAAUCACUUUUUUUUGUUUGAUUAAAGAGUUUUGAAGGUCAAAAAUGCUUCCAAAUGUCUUGCUCCAUUGUGUGGGAGAAUCCCAUAAAUUGAAUAAAAAUCUCUAUUUCUUUCUGCUUUAAACUCUGUGUUGAGUCCUGUCUAGUCUUUUAGUGAGAUAGAUGAGUAGAUAAAUAACAAUUGUUUUAUUGAAGAACAAUCAUAGCAACCUGUGUUGAAUUGCAAUGAUGCUAAAAAAGCGUCAUAAUUCAUUACAAAAUAUAGUGAUAAAAAGACUACACUAUUAUGAACAUUACAGUAUUACAAUAUAUUUCAAAAUAUAGGCCUCCUUACUGAUAUAGUUAUUAAAAGAUGUGCAAAAUGUGGAGUAAAUUUGGAAAUCCUGUUAAAUAAACAUGAUCAACAAUAUGCACAUAAUACUUGAGAUUUAGUUCAGUAUUUCCAGUAUGAAACAUGUGUUUGAAAGAGGCUGGUGAUGAUUAGACCAAUGAAGGAGGUGCCAUCGGGGAUAUAAAGGAAACGUCUGGGAAUGCUGUGAGCAUAUUCAAUGAUCUAACCUUACCAUUAUUGCAGUAGGAGUGUCAAUUCUAAACAGCCUUUCCCAUGAAAGUAAACAAGUCACUCCUAUUAGAUGAGAGCCUAAUGUUGAUGUACCACAUGAUCUAAGAUUGUAUAGAUUGUAUGUACAUAAUAAUGUGAAGGCUGUGAUCUCUUGUUUUUCCUGUUGUCAUUGUAUACUUUGAGUGUGUACCUGCAUUGAGAGACCUAUGGAAACGACCCUACCUCCAGACUGGAAGCUCUGUGUUUGUGUCCUAUGCUCGCACUUGUUGACCAUGGGAAGUACAUUUGUGGCCAAACCAAUUCAUUGUCAUCCUGCAUAUCCUUCCAGUACACCGGAGGGCAGGAGAGCAAAGUGGAAAAGUUUCAUGGUUAGUCAUUAUGCAGAAUACAGUGACAAACCACAGCAGCACUUUUCCCAAUAACAUGGAUCAAUCCCAUGGAAGUCGAUGGCCCUACUUUGGGAAUGAGGAUGACUUGAAAUUAUGCAGACACCGUCUGACCCUUGUAUGUGACACUGCGUUCCACCUUCCCUGGGUGUAUUCAGUGGUUGAACAAAAUUGCCAGAGUGCAAAAUUCCUUGUGAAGGUAGUGCUUUAGCCACCAUUGCAAAUCUUGGCCCCAGUAAGCGGAAUAACUUUCUCAGUACCCUGAUCCUGCAGCUAUUGCCUUGAUUCUAGAUCAUUUCUGCAAUUUUACAGCCGGAGGCUAUUUUUGACUUGUUGGUCCUGAUGCUAAAGUAGCACCAGGCUAUUUGACCAUGUGCACCAAUGGUACUCUGAAUCGCACUCCACUCUACUUGGGCUGAAAAUCAGGAAAUUUCUGCAUUUACUGAGGCAUGUUUCAUAAAAUGUCAAUAAUUAGAAUUUAUUAUCUAUUAAAAUUUCUGUUCAACAGUAUG